CGAGUGGCUGCAUCUCUGGCCGCUGUUGCAGUCGCGGGCGCAGAAGAGGGUACGGUCCCAGGAACCCCGAGCAACGCCUCCACGGUGGUCGGGGAUCCGGCUUCUGGGGAUCCUGGAAAUCGCAACGGGAGCCGGGCGCGGAGGGGCCCAGGUUUGGUCCCUCCUGGGAGCGUGGGCUCUGGUCUCCGAGGGGAGGCUUGGACCGGGCCGGCGGAGCCCGCCAGGCCCCUGACAUUUAUGGGUUUGCAGACUAAGCGAGUCCUGCUCACCCCGCUCAUGCAUCCAGCUCGCCCUUUCCGGGUCUCCAACCAUGACAGGAGCAGCCGGCGUGGGGUGAUGGCGAGCAGCCUGCAGGAACUCAUCAGCAAGACUCUGGAUGCCCUACUCAUCACCACCGGACUGGUCACUCUGGUGCUGGAGGAAGAUGGCACCGUGGUGGACACAGAAGAGUUCUUUCAGACCUUGGGAGACAACACACAUUUCAUGAUCUUGGAAAAAGGACAGAAGUGGAUGCCGGGUAGCCAGCACAUUCCCACUUGCUCACCACCAAAGAGGUCGGGAAUAGCGAGAGUCACCUUUGACUUAUAUAAGCUGAAACCCAAGGACUUCAUUGGCUGCCUCAACGUGAAGGCCACGAUGUACGAGAUGUACUCCGUGUCCUACGACAUCCGGUGCACAGGACUCAAGGCCCUGCUGAGGAGCCUGCUACGGUUCCUGUCCUACUCCGCCCAGGUAACAGGACAGUUUCUCAUCUAUGUGGGCACAUCCCUGCUCCGGGUGCUGGAUGACACAGAAGAGCGGCCAUCCCUCAAGUCACACGCCAGGGGCCGGCUCACCUGUGGAUAGGGAUGCAGGCUGCUGCAAGCUCUUGAGCCAAACUGUGCUUCAUUUGGCUUAGUGACAAAUGUUGAAGAUGCUUUUAUGUUCUGAGCCACGUGCACUUGUAGGUCACUGGUCACCCUGCUGAGGAGUGGUGCCCAGGAUAGGAAAGGGCUUGGUGGUACAUGAAGUGUGGACAGUAAGCCAGGGUGCCCUGGGAGGGAGGCGUGGAGGGCCCCAGGGGCCAUGGGAAGUGACCAAGCAGCAGGUGUGCCCAGGAGCAGUGUGCAUGUGUCAGAGCCAUUUGGUCUGUCAUCUCCAGCAAUAAAUCCAUCGCAAGACUGACCUUCAA